AACACUUCAGCAAUAUUUCGGAGCUGGCUUCUUAAAUAUGUAGGUUUCUGGAAUGUUUUGUUGUUGCUGUUGUUGUUUCCAAAGAAGUAACUGGAAAAAAUGGUGUUGAGUCCAAUAGUUUACAGGGAAUCCAGUGGGUGCAGUUGACUGAACUGACAAGCAACUGUUUCAUUCCACCUUGGCCUAGUAAAAAUGACAUUUUUCUUAAGGAGAACCUGAAACCAUUCUGGGAGAUAGGUCUGGUAGGGAGUCCACCACUUCAAUGGGUUAAUUAAACACUUCAAAAAUCUUAAAAGCUGUGUGGAAAAAGCAGAGGUGACUUCCCCCAGCAAGCAUCCUGAGAGGCUUUCAUGGGGCAAAGAGAGCAGUUAAAUGCUGGCUGAGCCUCAGUUUGGGAGGGGAUGUUGCCCAGUUUGAAUUCAUGCUCGUGGUCAGUGGGAUUAUUCUUCAUCUGUUGCAUCUUGAAUGAAAGUUUCAAAAUGGAUGUGUGGUAGGAUGCACAUAUUUAGUGAGUAUGCACAAGGAAGGGAUCUUCGCAGGUUGCCGCAGGUAGCGUAACUCCUCAUACUACAUAGAGAAUUAAUUGCUAAGUAUAGAACAUAGCUCUUACCCACUUAACUUUAAAGGAGGGAAAAAGUCCAGGAAGGGGUGUGUGUUUAUAACUGUGUCUUUUAGCUCAUUUAGUAAAAUUGGCGAGACUGGCAUGUUAAAUAAAUAACAAUGUCAUGAAAUGUAGAGGUUACCUACAUUCGUGACAUUUCAUGAAGUCAGCUUGGGAACUAGCUCCUGAAAAGAGCUAUUCAGCAAUUAGAAAGUUGCCUUACCAUACUCCUGUAAUUAUGUCCUAAUUGGAUUCUUCUAGGUAUAAUUACAUACCUUGAAUAUGUGCAUGCAUUUUUAUUUCCUAAGAAAUCUGCCAGAACAGAACCAGCCUUUUUCUCCCAUCCCCACAUAACAUUUGUUCUUAUGACAUGCUAGGUCUGAUGGUGGAUUGGAAGAGGUAGUGGAUUGGAAGAGGUAGUAGAUAAAAGGUUUCAAGUGAUCCCUACAGAAGUAACAGAAAGCCAGCUCCUCAGAUGAAGGACUGAACAUCAGGCCCUUAGCAUCAAGCUUGUUGCAACUGCCUCUUUGAUCAUAGGAAACAUAGUAUCUCAUCUAAGUGGAUUAAUAGGGCUGAAAUUUUAAUGCAAUUGCAGCUCUUGGUUUCAGAUUGAUGUGUGAAGAAAAGGGAAGCUGCUAGAAUGAUGAGGGGAGGAAAGGUGUGGAUAGGCUUGUUAAUUUUUGCAUUUCUCCUUAGGAGCUUUUGCUAUAAAUAGCUGCACAGAAUGUUACAUGGAGCUCAGCUCUAAAGAAAAUAACAUUUGAGUAAUGUGUCUUAUAUGGAAUUCAUCGGAACAUUUCCCUCUGAUGUUAUUAAUGAUAAAUUUUCGAUCAUUUGAUGAAGCACAGAAUACUGUAAUAUUAAAUGGUGCCUGUUCUUUCAGGCCCUUAUCAUUCUUUGACUUUGCUUGACUGUUACGUGCGUGAUCUGCAUUGUACUUGUACCGAAAUAAUUUUUUUUCCUGGGGCAGAUGGAAAUCUUAAGAUGUGACGUUCUCAGGUGUGCUUUACACCAUUCCUAUAUAUAACAAUUUACAGCAAAUGGAAAUUAUAGUUCAGAAUGCUUAUGAAUCAUCUUGAAAGCUACAGCCCAGAAGGAAGAUACAACUUUUUGGCUCAACAGUCUUUUUACAGAAGAUUCCCAAAUACUUUCUGUAACUAAGCAUGGCUUUUACAUGUCAAGACCUUCUUGUUUAGGGCAUGAGAAUGCAGCAGUGAAAUUUUGAUGGUCCCCCUUCUGUCCCUGAAUUUGCAGAUGCCUGUGUCCCUAGUGUGGAGUUAUUUAGUUUGCAGAGAAGCUGAAACACUGUAGCGGACCGUUGGGCUGGACAAGUAAGGAAUGAGCCAGGUUGGGAAAGAGGACCUGCCAUCCUAGCUGGAGACAUCUGAAGAGAGGACGUUUUAGUCUUGUAGCAUGCUUCAGUAAAAAUUGUUCAGAAAACGAUGGCUGGCUGUGGCGAAAUAGAUCAUUCAAUCAACAUGCUUCCCACAAAUAGGAAGACGAAUGAGUCGUGUGCUAAUGCAGCACCUUCCCUGACAGUCCCUGAAUGUGCUAUCUGUCUGCAAACGUGUGUGCACCCAGUAAGUCUGCCUUGUAAACAUGUUUUCUGCUAUCUGUGUGUGAAGGGAGCUUCUUGGCUUGGGAAACGAUGUGCACUUUGCCGGCAGGAGAUCCCAGAGGAUUUUCUUGACAAGCCAACCCUAUUGUCACCAGAAGAACUCAAAGCAGCAAGCAGAGGCAAUGGAGAAUAUGCUUGGUACUAUGAAGGUAGAAAUGGUUGGUGGCAGUAUGAUGAACGUACCAGCAGAGAGCUGGAAGAUGCCUUUUCCAAGGGUAAAAAGAGCACUGAAAUGCUAAUUGCCGGGUUUUUAUACGUAGCAGACCUUGAAAAUAUGGUUCAGUAUAGGAGAAAUGAGCAUGGACGCCGCAGAAAAAUAAAACGGGACAUAAUAGAUAUACCAAAGAAGGGAGUGGCUGGGCUGAGGUUGGACUGUGACGCUAACACUGUCAACCUGGCAAGAGAGAGCUCUGCUGAUGGUGCAGACAGCACACCGACUCUGGGGGCUGCGGCUGGGCAGCCUCUAGCAUCCAUUUCUGCUAGGCCCCUGCCAUCACUAGAUGGUCAACUGAUGAGUCCUUCAACGCCAUCACCUGAUGCGAGCAAUUCCCUAGAGAACUCUUUUGCCCACUUGCAAUUAAAUGAAGACAGUAUGGCUGAAAGGAGUCACAGGGGAGAGGGAGAAGAAGACCAUGAAUCGUCAUCUUCUGGUAGGGUGCCAGCCCCCGACACCUCUGUUGAGGAGACCGAAUCGGAUGCUAGCAGCGAUAGUGAGGAUGUGUCUGCCCACCUUCAGCAGCACCUGUCCUCUGUCCAGCAGAGACACUUGAAUGCAAGUGCAAGCCAGUUGGGAGCGGAUAGACCAGUGGCAGGGGGCGGGGUGGCAAACACAAGUGUAAGAUCUAGAAGGCCAGAUGGACAGUGCACAGUCACUGAAGUUUAAAUCUAGAGCCAUGCGAUUAAAAACUCAGUCCUGUAUCUGUAAAUUUUCUGUCCACGUUGGCAUUGCACUCAAACCUAGCAGUGUGUUUGGUGGGGAGGUGGGGUGAAGGGGAGAAACAGAUUUGGCCUGUUUAACUUAAGUCUCUUAACUUGUCUCAGCUGGAAGACUAUUAAUUGUAGGAAACUGGGUUGUCCUCUUUAAUGGUUUGAAAGCUGCUUAGCAAUGCCCAGUUUUCUUGAAAAUGUCUUGUGUUUAUUUUGUAGCAUUUUCCCCUUGGAGAUACUCAAUCCCUUUUUUGGCCAAUGUAUAUCUACUGUACAACUUGAAUUGUCUUCAUUAUCUGACUGUUGCAUUAAGUGUCUUACUACUUUCUGCAUGGAUUGAUGUAUGAAAAGAACAUUAAAGCAAUGUGGGAGCAGGCAGGAUGUUGGGUGUGAGCAGGAAGCUUUAUUUAAUGUGAGAAAAUAGAUGUGAGCUUGGAGUUAAAAAUGUGUUUUUACUAGACAAGAGCAAUCAUUUACCUUUCUUCAAUGGAAAUGUAAAAAUGCUGUUAACUUUUGUUGCAAAUUCUUACCUAUACACUCUUCAUGGCAUUUUCAUUGGCUUUGCCAUCUAGUCCUUGUAGGUUUGUUUUUGAGGUCUUUCUUGAUCUGUCUUGUUUUUGUUACGGAAUUUAUAAUUUAAUAAAACUACAUUUUAUCAGUAACAAUCUCA